UUUCACGUCGGUGGCAACGACGGUCCACGACGAUGCUAGCGCGACACCUGCGACCGCGGACAGCGGUAUCGCUAAUGAAGCCUUGCCUUCCUCGUCGCCACUUUAGCACGUCUCGCAGUACGAAGUCGCCUCCAUCAGCAUCGGCGCGUCGGGAGUUUGAUGCCUUCAUCUUUGACGCUCAUGCUGCAUGCAAGGGCAAGCGGUGCACCAUGGACGCAUUUGCACGUCCGGAAGGUUGCGGCGAAGACUCAUUCUUUGUAUCGCCUACCGUCGUUGGCAUCGCAGAUGGUGUAGGUGGAUGGAAUGAAAAUGGCGUUGAUCCGUCUGCCAUCAGCCGCGCCAUGAUGCGAUAUUCUCGUCAACUCGUCCAAGGCCACGAAGGCGACCCUGCCACGUUGUCGACCCUCGACAUCCUCACCAAGGCAUACGCGUUGACCUUGAAGGACGAUGCGGUGGAAGCUGGAAGCACAACGGCAUGCAUCCUCAAGAUCCGUGCCGGCAAGGAUGGCGAACCGUUGUUGGAGUACACGAACCUAGGGGACUCUGGGUUUGCCAUCGUCCGAGGCGACAAGGUCGUCUUUCGGAGUGAAUUUCAGAGCAUGGGGUUGGCUCCAUUUCAACUGGCUAAGAUCCCUGACCGUUUCAAAUGCUACGGGGCGAUGGAAAGUCAACCGAACGAGGCCAACAACGGGACAGUGGCCUUGGAAGACGGUGACAUCAUCGUGCUCGCGACGGACGGCGUGUGGGAUAAUUUCGCGCAGGAUUUGCAGGAAAUUCCUCCCUUCUUCCCGCCUGUUCUGUCGUGGCGGCGGUACUGGCAUGGCCGCAUCGAUUCUCUUGUAUCCGUCGUCGCCUCGCGUGCUUCCACCAAAGAGGCAGCAGAUGCAGUUGUCGAGGCGUCCCUCGCGCACAACCUCAAGCCAGACGACAUCACUGUCAUCGUGGCGAAGGUGUCAAUCAAACCCAAGGCGAAAUUGUAAUAUUGCUUGUUCUAUCAUAUACUGUGGCUGC